AUGGCUGAGAACGUACCCGACAACUACAUCCCCAAGUACGCCCAACAGGACGAAUGGGAAGACAAGGAACUUCAAAAGUUCGCAAUUGAAUUCUACCGCAUCUCAGAUAUUGCAGAAGAGAAUGAACGAUGGGUUCAAAGCUUUACCGAAGACGCAAAGAUCCAAAUUGGAGCUGAUAAGGCUCGAGGCACAAAAGAAAUCACCGAUUUCAGAACUCGCAUGUGGAAGCACAUCAACAAUCGAAAGCACACAGUACUCAAGGUCUUCCCUGGACGAUUCCCUGACUCGGAAGACAGCGAGGUGAUGCUUCUAGGCGAGGUCAGCGUGACUACCAACGAUGGGCGACUCAAAGAAGCUGCCUGGUCAGCGCACGCUGUUGUCAAGAAGGUUGACGGAGCCUGGAAGUUCAAGGAGUACCGUGUUUGGCUACAGACUGACGGGCAUCUUCUGUAA